UCUUUUCCAAAACGGAGAUAGCUACAUUGCAGAACUUCAACUUUGUGGUGGUCUUGUGAUUCAGAGUGCAGAAAAAAGGAAAUGGCGAAAUCAUUGAGAUCAAAGAGAGAGAAGAGGCUAAAGGCAAUCAGAAGAGAGAUUGUGGAGCCUUUGUACCAGAAGAAAGAAGAAGCUAAGCUUGCUGCCCAAGAAGCUGCCCUUAAUGCUCCCAAGCUCCCUGUGAGGUCCAAUGGAGCUUCCUCCAUGGAUUUCACCGCUAGCACUUCUAACACCAGCAAUAACGAUAUGGAUGUUGAGAUGGCUGUUAAUGAAAGUAUGAGAGCCUUGAAACCUAUUGGAAAGAAGUUGAAAAAGAAGAUUAAGUUAGCUAAGAGGAAAGGUCGCAAGUCUGCCAAGGGCAAAAUCAGAAGAAAGAAUAUCUAAGCUAGUUUGGCGUACUGAAAAAUGUCAAACCUGUAUUUUUUUGUGCUGAUUGAAUCUUGUUGUAGCUUAAAAAUAUUGGUUACCUUAUCGUGUCACCUACCGAUUUGUGCAAUCAAGAAAUGAGAAUCCUUUUUUGCGAUUAGUAUCCCAUUUUGUCGUGUCACCUGGUUCCUUGUCUCUCAACUCUCAACUCUCAAGUCGUAGAUUUUACAUGAGAUUAUCGGAACAUUCUGGCAACGGUUUGUCAAUUUUGUCUCAGAGUUACCUGUGAACUAACUAGGAUGUAUGCAGUCAGCGACUGAAGCAUAAUUAGACUAUGAGGUCAUAUUGAUACUAUUGUCAUUCAUCAAGAAUACGAGACCUGGUGAUCGAUAAAUUCAAGUUAAGGAAAGUGGGUAGUUUCUGCCACUGACUCCUCUGCCUCCAGAUUGUAGUUGUUAACUAGAGAGGCAGAGAAUAUCAGCUGUCUCUAGAGAGAUUAACAGCCUGCCGGAAUCGGAAGAGAAACAAGGGGAAAAACAAAUGCUGAGGCAGCAGUUCAUUUGUUACAGUACUUGUUAGUGUUGUCAUUGCACGGUAUUUUCCCUGACCUGGAUGGGUGAAUGGUCGUGGCGGAAAUCGGGACGGAACAGUAAAAAUUGAUCAAAAUUUCAAAAUGAAAUGUAAAAACUCAGUUAUAUAUACAUGUUGAUGUAAAAGACGGAGGAUCAUUUAUACAGUUUAAUCUCGGAAAUUAUUGCAUGCGCAUUAGGUGGCUGCAUUGCACGCACCAUUGAGUUGCGUGAAACCUGCUCAUGCGCACUUAAUGCGCAGGUUGUGGCUUUUUAAUUAUUUUUUUAUUAAGUGAGUUUUAAAAUUUUUUUUUAUCUUCAAAUAAUUUUAUUUCUUAAUCCGUAAUGAAUUAUACCAAGUGUGUCAAUUGGAUAGUACUCGAUGAUAUCUAUCCAACAAGAUCCAUCAUAAAUAUGUUUUUCGAAACUUUAAAAAAUUUUUUCAGUUGUCUUAGUUUUCUAGGAAG